GACGAGUUCUGGUGCUUUUCGUUCUUUCUCUACUCUCUCUUUUCUUGGUUGUCGACAUCCUAGGUUUUGUUAGGUUGUCCAAGUUGCCUUUCUCUACUGCCAGUGAAACAUUACCACCUCGUCUGGGAGACCGAGUCAAUAAUCUCUUGGCCUGGGUUGUAGCCUCUCCACACAUUCCGACUACCUAGUCGACUAGUCAUGAGUGAUAAGAAGAAGACAAGGGAGUAGAUCAAGCACCAUGUCUAUGCCGAACCAGAGCCUGCAAGACCACCCGCACCGGCCCUCCACGGCCAACUCUGAGACUUCCCAUGCCUCAUCCGAUCUGUCUUUCCCUCAGCAGCAGCCGUUUCCUUCCCUUCCAGACCAAUCGCAUGCCUUAGAACCAGUUCCCGAGUCGCCGGUCUCAAGAAACACGAGAGGACUUGUCAUCGACAGCUCAGCUGCUAUAUCGCCGCCCCCCAGGUCUAUUCGACGGAAGCCAGUAUCGUCGACCGCGUCGCCAAUUACUACUAGAUAUUCUUCUGGAGAAUAUCUAGCUCUCACAAGCGGCUUGGCCAGGCCGGAUCAACGGUUUUCUCGAUCCUGCUCGGUGGAUAGCCCUACCGUGUACGAGUUUCCUCGCCCUCCGGUCUCUACACCUGGAUUGGAAUCGCCUGAUGAUUUUGUAUUGAUCCAGGGCGGCAAAGAGUGAAAAAACUGCCGCGACUGCAACUCGUCAUCCUCUGGCUUCUGCCGACUCCAUCCCGGCUGUCCUAGCGGGUGAGGUCAAACGUCCAAGUUCUCGGGCUGACAACCCUGACGCACCUCAAACACACCACACCACCGACC